AUGAGGUUUGACAGAACCAUACAAGAAAUAGAAGUCCUAGGCUACGCCACUGGUGGCAACAUGGCCGCCGACGAGACUCUUCAGAAGAUUGCGGUGAUACCCGAGGGUUUCCAACUUAAGUGUCAACAACUUGCCCAGAUUCGCGCCGACAUCGAGUUGCUUCACCACCAUCAGCAGCCCAGAAUUUCAGCCGCAACGUUGAGCAGCUCUAGCGAGAGGUUGCCGCGGCUGCUGCUAUGUUCGCCGACGCGUGGCCCGUAA